GACCAUUUUUACAGUUUACAAAACUUUAAAUCUCUACACCUCACUAACCGGGAAGGGUUUAUCGACGUCGUCAUCUGCCGGAGGUGUUAACCGAGUACCGGCGGUGUUAACUACCGGAGAUCUAUAGCAGCUGAUCCAUCUUUGUCAAAUUUGGUUGAGGUAAUCAAGGGUUCAGAAUGAAGGUGAAGGUAGUGUGGAGGAAGGUUCGUGAUUAUGUUCGAUAUGAUUUGAAAGAAAUUGCAUUUCCCUCGUCUCUGCCCGAUCCCCCUCAUUUCAAAAAGAGGAGAAAACUGACAUGGAAAGAACGGUAUUUGGUGUUGAAGGAAGCAACUAGACUUUAUGCUGCAAGCUGGGUACGAGAUAUAGGUCCCGAGCUGCGUCCGAAUGAAUACAAGAACAAAUUAAAAUCAGAAGAUGAACCUGAUCGCGUUAAAGGUCAUAAUGGAGAAACAGAACCUUCAACAUUGGAGGAUCUAGCUGUCGCUGCUCGAGGUGGAAUGGAGACACUCAGGCCCGCUUUGCAACGGGUUUACAUGACCCGAGCCUCUGCGUAUAGAGAUGCGUUGAAGAGCUUUAUACAAGGUUAUCAAGAAGGCAUUCAACAAGUCAUGGAGAAAAAAGAUGACUCUGAAUCUCAUCAAGAAAACAAUGACCCAAAAAAGUCAACUUGACCCAACUCUUGGUUGUCAAAGCUGAACGAAGUGUUCAUUUCUAAGUUGUUAAUGCGAAAAAUGUUUUUAUAUUGAUAUGGCCUAAAACCGAGUUAUUUACAUCAGUUCUAGAGACACACGAAAACAGAGUGUGCAUACAAGAUUCGACCAACACAAGUAUAAGAUUCUCAACGUGAUAUAGGUGCGGAAUCUGUUUUAAGGGCACGCGCCUCCACUGUUAUUCUUUUGUCUUCUAUUUUUAUUUCUUCCAUAUUAA